CCGCAGGUCGAGACACUACGCUGGCAAUGGAAGAGCAUCGCUCGGCGCGACGACUCAAGCAAGCGGAGCUCACCGGAGCUCCGACUCCGGCGGCCGCCGCCGCCGCCGCCCGCGAGGAGCCGCUCGAGCCGCGGCCGGAGGAGCGCGGGGCCGGCGAGCCGCCUCUUCCUCCGCUCCCUCCGCGUCCGGACUCGUCGGAGAAGAUCAGCGCGCCGACGUCCGGGUCCGGAGAGAUCGUGUUCGGAGACUCCGCCUCGAGCUCCGGACCUUCGGAACCGCCUCGUUCCUCGGCGGGGAGCGACGAGGAGUCCGUCGGCGCUGCGAAGGAGAAGCUCGGCGCCGACGCCGUCGAUCGUCAGCAGCAGGCGAAGAGUUUCGAAACCGAAGCGUCGACAUGCAACGGCGAUUUCAGCAGAGAAACCACCGCGUCGAGGAGCGGCGAGGAGGAAGCCGCCGCCGCCGCCAAAUCGGCGACGAUGGCGAAACCGGCGGCGGCGGCGAGCGGAGGGAGGCCUCCAGCGGGGGGGGCGGAGAUGCCGUCGCGAGCGGAGCUGGAAUCGUUCUUCUCGGCGGCGGAGAAGCGCGAGCGGCAGCGAUUCGCGGACAAGUACAACUACGACGUCGCCAUGGACGCCCCCCUCGAAGGUCGCUACGAGUGGAUCCCCUUGAAGCCGUGACGGAGGACGGAGAG